GAUUUAUGGAAGAAUCUUUCUUAUAAGCAACUUUCACACCCUGAUUGAACCCCUGAAAAGAAACUCCUACACAAUGAAACUGAUCUGUAUUGCCGUGAUUCUCUUCCUCUGUGCAGGAACCACACUAAAACCGACUGCAGCUGCCACAGUAACCGGUCCCGUUGACCCAUCUGAACAGCCCAGCGGUCCGACAAGCAAUCCCGUCGACCCAUCUGAACAGCCCAGCGGUCCGACAAGCAAUCCCGUCGACCCAUCUGAACAGCCCAGCGGUCCGACAAGCAAUCCCGUCGACCCAUCUGAACAGCCCAGCGGUCAGACAACCGGUCCCGUCGACCCAUCUGAACAGCCCAGCGGUCAGACAACCAAUAACCCCGCCCCAACUGAAGCACAGACGACCAGCCCUGGGCCUGUGGAGGAAGGUGAUCAAGGACUUUCACCUGGAGAGAUAGCUGGCGUCGUCAUCGGCAGCGUGGCCGGCGUGGCAUUAAUCGGUGGCGGUAUCUUUGGCAUUCUGAAGUAUACCGGGAAGAUCUGAGACCACUUCCCACGCUACGACAAAUUAAAUUAAAAUAGGUGAAGGAUCAUUAAAGAAAAUGAAGUAUUUGAUGUCAAAACAGAUUCAUUAAGGAUCCUGUUGUCUGAAAGGCUCAGUACGGCCUUUUCCAUGGAGGACAUUUUGACAGACGUCACUGAUAAAAAUCAAGUUUGCGCGCUCUCUGAAUCUGAUAAAGCGAAAUGGAACUGGGCCGUCACUCGGGUGACUCACACCCUCCACAGUGACCUGUCAAAAUGGCUGCCAUGAAAACUGCACGUACGUGUUUUUUUUGUGUCACGGGUCAGAAGGAAGACAACAGGACGUUAUCUGCUCAGGUAAUAAUAAUAAUAAUAAUAAUCCUUAAAAAGAUUGUUAUAUGAUUUAUUUUAUAAAAUUUAGUAAAUCUACAAAUAAAGUAAAUAAAUAAAGUAUAUUAAGCUAAAACGACUUCAUUAAAUCUUUUAUUGUUGUUCUUAUUUGAUUUGUUCAUUGUUUUUUUUUUAACACUAAUGGGCCACAUUUUUUACUAGAAAUUCUAUUUUUUCUAAUGUAAUGUUUGUAAAGUAACUCUUCAUAAAGUAAUUUUAAAGCUGCUGAUAUCGCUUUCUCUGCUUUAACUCCUCCAACUCUGUAUCUGAAGCUGAGAAACCACUCACGACACAUUAAUAAAUAAAUAUAAAAUUAAAAAUAAA